AUGGGUAACUUCAAGAAAGAGAAGAGCCGUCGUGCUCGGGAUGGUACGAGUACAGGUGGUGCGACGUUCAAAAUCAAAGGCGAAAACUUCUACCGCGACGCAAAGAAGGUCAAGCAACUCAACAUCUUCAAGGAGGGCAAGGCACAGCGAAACGCAGAUGGAGAGAUCACAAAAGCCGCCAGCUACCAGAGCCGCGAUGUCCCCAGCGCCCGAGUCGAGCCGAAUAGGAAAUGGUUCUCCAACAGCCGAGUCAUCAGCCAGGAGUCCCUCAGUGCCUUCCGAGAAGCCGUCACACAGAAGGAGAAGGAUCCCUACACGGUCCUGCUUAAGAGCAACAAGUUGCCCCUGAGUUUGAUCCGCGACGGCCAGGAUAACAGGGUGAACGGCCUGAAAGAGCACCAGGCAAAGAUGACUGUCGAGACAUCACCGUUUGCCGAAGUGUUUGGGCCCAAGUCAUCACGGAAGAGGGUGAAGCUGAGCGUCAGCAACAUCGACGAACUGGCGGGCGACUCGGUCAAGAGCCUUGAAACCUACAACGAGCAGCUGGAACAGGCUAGGUUGCUGAGUGGCGAGCUGGAGGCCGAGCAGGCUGAGGCUGGCGAUCUUCGUCGAGAUCAAGAGGCUGCGGCUGUGUUGACGACGGCGAACGAGCCUAUCUUCGACAAGGGCCAGUCCAAGCGUAUCUGGAACGAGCUUUACAAGGUCAUUGACUCCUCGGACGUUAUUCUCCACAUCCUAGACGCCCGCGACCCGCUGGGAACACGUUGUCGGUCUGUUGAGAAGUAUCUCAAGGAGGAAGCACCACACAAGCAUCUCGUGUUCAUCCUGAACAAGUGUGAUUUGGUACCAACUAAGGUUGCUGCUCAAUGGGUAAAGCAUCUUCAAAAGGACUACCCCACAGCCGCCUUCCGGGCCUCGAUAAACAAUCCAUUUGGCAAGGGAUCAUUAAUCAACCUCCUCCGACAAUUUUCCAAACUCCACGCCGAUAGGAAACAAGUUUCAGUAGGCUUGAUCGGUUACCCCAACACCGGAAAGUCAUCGAUCAUCAACACCCUCAGAGGCAAGAAGGUCGCCACUGUGGCUCCGAUUCCUGGGGAGACGAAAGUGUGGCAGUAUGUCACAUUGAUGAAGAGGAUAUACCUGAUUGAUUGUCCUGGUAUUGUGCCACAAAACCAUCACGAUGCCCCGACGGAGUUGCUCCUACGAGGCGUGGUGCGGGUCGAAAAAGUAGAGCAUCCUGAGCAGUACAUACCAGCCGUGCUGAAGCGGGUGAAGAAGCACCAUAUGGCAAAGACAUAUGAUCUCAGUGACUGGAAUGAUGACCACAUCCUGUUCCUAGAGCUUCUCGCCAGGAAAGCAGGGCGACUGUUGAAAGGCGGCGAGCCUGAUGUUGACGGUGUAGCAAAGAUGGUGCUCAACGAUUUCAUGCGCGGACGGAUACCGUGGUUUGUACCCCCACCAGUCGCGGGAGACGACAAAGAGGAUGCCACCGCCGAGAGUGAACAAAAGGCGCCAGAGAAGGUGCUCAAGAAGCGCAAGAGGGACGCCGCAGAGGAGGCAGAAAAAGCUGUGGAAGAGGACAGCAGCCCAGAGAAUGUUGAUGAGGACGAGUUUGAUGGAUUCAGCAACGCAAGCGAGCCCGAGAUAUCCGAUGACUCGGACUCGGAGGCUCCGCACGAGGACGAUGGCGAGGACGAUGCAGACGAGGACGAUGCCGCCCCAGAGGUUGAGGAUGCUGAGGAUGGCGGCGCAGCUGUUGCGGAGGAAAAGGAGGAGGAGCCAGCUCCAGCACCAGUACCUGAACCAGAACCAGUACCCGAGGCACCGACGCCAAUGCGACGGUCAUCUCGGCGUACCAAGAAGCCUGUCAGCUUCCAAUGA